UGCAGUGACGGAGACGUUUGCCGCUCGCCACACGCUCUGCAGCGGCCAUCGGACAAGGUUUAUUUGCAUGCGACGCGACGCCAUUCAAUUGGCGUUGCGAUUGCGAUGCGAGUCGCGGCUACAGAUCACUCAGUUUAAUUCACUCAGUACAGUAUAUACGGCGCGCGUGUAGACACGUCACACCCGCCGCGCCACGCACACGCCACGCGAAACAGAAACAAAUCGCUGCAAUGCCACUAAAACUCGACUAACAAUUUCGAACAAUGGGAAAACAGUGAAAAAAAUAUUCUAUUUAUGUGCUCAGUGAACGUGAAUUUCGCGAACUAUUUAAAAUCAGGAUCUGUGUUUUGACGGUUUCUGUACCUGUGAGGGAAUGGAGGCGGUGUGCGGGGCCGGGGCCGAGGGCGAGAGCGCGGAGCCCGGGUGCGCAACACACGCGCUAACGGCUGCGCUGCACGCGCUGCACCUUUACUGUGCCACGCUCGCCGCCGCCGCGCUCUGCUGCACGCGCUGCUCCCCAGUACGACCGCGCUGGAAGGGCAGCCGCUGGCGUGGACAGAACGUGCGGGGGACGGCCAGCUUGCUACUAGGCGUGACGUGGUGUUGCGGGUUGGCGGCGGCGGCGCUGCGGGCGGACGGCGUCCGACUAGCGCACGCGCUGGCCGCGCUGCUGGCCUGGCUGGCCGCCUGCGCGUUGCACCUGCUGCUGUGGUGGCGCCGUGCUGCCGCGCCGCUCCUCUACCUCGCGAUAUACUGGCUGCUAGCCUCGGCCGCUGCCGCCGCCGUGCUCUGGCAUCACAUUCACGCCGGAGCAUCGUACACUCAUGUCCAGCUCUACGUGCAAGGAUUCACUAUUGUACUAGCGUUGGUGAUCUCAAUCGUGGACUGGGUUUGCUUCUAUGAUGAGGUUACGAAACGUAAUCACGGACCACAGGAAUCAUUUACCAAAGACAACGUCACCUACAAGCACAAUGAAACUCACUUUUUUUCCAAGAUAACAUUCUUUUGGUUAAAUCCCUUAUUGUACAAAGGAUAUUGUGAAACAACUCACGAUGAAGACGAUUUCGGUGAGCUGCCAGAUGAUGAAAAAUCCUCAACCAUUUAUGCACGAUUUAAAAAAAUAUAUCAAAAAUAUAAACAGAUGACAAAAUUAAAUGAUGAAACGGGCGGCAUAUGGCGGGUCUAUUUAAAAACAAUAUGGCCAAAUUUUUAUAUCGCUGGAGUAUUAAAAUUAUUUGGAGAUAUGGUCGGACUCAUACCGCCUAUGGGACUUGCCGUCAUUGUCAAGUAUAUCGAAGAUCCUAAUAUAAUAUAUGAAACGGAAUCGCAAGUUACCAUACAAGAGUUCAUAAAAAACCCUUACGUUAUGCUCUUUCUUGUGACAAUGGCUUUAGUUAUUCAAGGAAUACUUUCGCAGAACUCGACCCAUUUAGUGACGGUGGAAGGAACGAGAUUGAAGACGGCGUUACAAAGUAUGGUGUAUGACAAAUGCAUGCGACUAGCGUCAUGGUCCUCAACAGACUCGGAAGUAGACGAAGAGUCACCCCUCCUGCAGAGCAUCGAGGAGACAGCGCCUUCGCAGUCAGGUCUCAUCACUAACCUGAUAUCUCAGGACACGUACAAUGUCAUGUCAUGCGUCUGGGUGUGCCAUUACAUCUGGGCCAUACCUUUAAAGGUAGCUGUAAUUUUGUAUUUACUUUAUACAAAACUAGGCGUUAGUGCGAUAUUAGGCACCGCUGUUAGUAUUAUUAUUAUAACUCCAUUGCAAUUUUACAUCGGUAAAAGGCUCUCGGAUAAUUCCAAGGAUAUAUCAAAAUGCACAGAUCACAGAGUGUCCAAAAUGUCGGAAAUCUUACAAGGCAUCAACGUUAUUAAACUUUAUGUUUGGGAAGAUUUGUUUAAUGAGAAAAUUUUGCAAUUAAGAGAAGUGGAAUUGAGAAAGUUAAACAAAGAUUCAGUAUAUUGGGGAAUUCUGACUUUCACGACACAAGCAUCUACCAUCCUCAUAACAGUUGUCACAUAUACACUGCUAUAUUUUUUAGACAAUGGUAAAGGUUUAACAGUAGUGAAUGUCUUAGCCGGACUGGCUUUAUUUAAUCAGUUGGCAAUACCACUUCUUAUAUUACCAGUGACAGUGCUCAUGGUUAUUCAGGCUAUGGUCAGUACGAAUAGAAUCAAGGACUUCUUGGAUUUGCCUGAAUCGAGUAACGUUAAAGAAGAUAACUACGGACAAGAUGCAUCUGACAUUAAAGAAAAUGAUGUACUUGUUAACAAUGCUGUGACAUCAGUUCCUAACUGUAACAUGUAUACGGAGCAAGACGAUGCCAAUAAAGAUAUUGAUAUGGAAUGUGAAGAUCAUUUCUUAGAAGACAAUAAACCUACUUGUAACGAUCAAGAAUACCUUAUAAGAUUUAAAAAUGCGGCAUUUUCUUGGAAGAUGAGAGAUAACUCUUGGCUCGAUGUUGACGAUUUAGAUAUCCCAGUUGGUAAGCUGAUAAUGGUUGUCGGUUCAACUGGAUCUGGUAAGACGUCUCUUCUGUCUGCUGUGUUAGGAGAAAUGCACCUUGAAAGAGGAGAAAUUAGUUGGAACGGCGAGUACAGCGCUAGCUACGCCGGUCAGCCGCCAUGGUUGUUGGAAGGCUCCAUCCGCGAAAACAUCCUGCUGGGCCGACGCUGGAACCCCGCGGAGUACUCGCGCGCUCUCCGCGCUGCAGCCCUUCGACCUGAUCUACAACUGCUGCCAGAUGGUGACCGCACGCAGUUGGGUCGCGGAGGGUCGCCGCUGUCGGGCGGGCAGCGCGUGCGGGUAUGCGUGGCGCGUACGGUGUACAGUGGCGCGCGGCUGCUGGCGCUGGACGAGCCGCUGGCCGCGCUGGACGCCGCGCUGGCCCGCCACGUGGUGGCGCGAGGACUAUUACCCGCAGCGCGCGCCGGCGCCACCGUGCUGCUCGCCACAAACAGGCUCGAACUUCUGCACUACGCUGAUCUGGUUAUAGCAAUGGAGGAGGGUCGCGUACGAGACGUGGGCCGGCCAGGAUCGGGCGGGGGCCCGUGCGGUACGGCUGGGGAGGGCACGCUGCGACGCUGGGCGAGGCGGGCGGCAGAGGCACGCGCUGCCGUGGCUCGCACCGGGGCCGGCCCACCCGGCGGCUCCGCGCGUGAGCGUGCGCGACUGCAACGCGCUCUUAGCAAAAACAACUUCAAUAGACACGAUGCAGACGAGGAUACGGUCGGUAUCUGUGAGGCGACAGGAGCGCACCUGCUGGCGGAGGUGCCGACGCGCGCCGGCGGCAGUUGGCGCCGCGGCGCUCGCCCUCGCUCCUCCUUGUCCAGACAGCUCUCCUCACCACCGCCCUCCAUGCACCUCUACAAAUGGCGGCGCGAGGUGCGCCGCGCGGUGAGUGCAGAGGAGGGCGCGGGGGAGCGCGUGCGCGUGCAUCGGACACUCGCGCGGUGGACUCCGCGAACGUUGCACAGAUUGUUGAGCACCGACAGUGACACGCAACCAGAGGAACAAUCAGACGAUAAAGAACAAUCUACUACAAAAGAUACGACAUUUGUUUCGAUAACAUCCAAUGGUAUUGAAACAAGUAUAAAUAAUUCAGACAAAUUGAUUACCGAUAAAGAAGAUCCGGAACAAGUUAUAAGUGAGAGUUCUGUCUGGUGCGCGUACGCGCGCGCGUGCGGGUGGUGGGGCGGCGUGUACUGGGCGGCCGCGGCUGGCGCGCAGGCGCUGGCGCUCGCCGCCGACUACUGGCUCUCCACUAGGGCCGCACAAAAUUCACAAGAACCACUUGAAAACGAUGAGCUAUGGAGGUCUGUUUACGUGUACGUGUGCUGGUGCGUGUGCGGGGCGGGUGCGGCGGGCGCGGCGCAGCUCGGUGCGGCGUGCGGGGGUGCGGCGGCGCGACGCGCACUGCACGAGCGGCUGCUGCGCGCCGUGCUGCACGCGCCACCGCACCACGCGCACCAAGCUGCGCUGCACCGCUUCUCUGCAGACAUCGCUGUUGUUGAUCGGAAGCUGUCGACGGCGGUGACACGAUGGGCGCAGCUGGCGCUGGCGUGCGCGGCGGCCGCCCUGCUAAACGUGGCCGCCUCUGCAUGGACGCUGCUCGCCUGUUUGCCCGCCUUCCUCUGCUUCCUACUGUUACAGAACGUCUACUUACGUAAUACUAGAGAACUGCAGCGUAGCGAGGCGCGGAGUGCGGCGCGCGUGGUGUCGCUGAGCGCGCAGGCGAGCGCGGGCGCGGGCACGGUGCGCGCCGGCCGGCUGCAGUCCGCAAUGCGCGCGGCGCUGCGGGCGCGCCUCGAUACCAACCACGUUGCGCUGUUGCUGCUCAACGCCGCCAACCGGUGGCUCGGCCUUUCACUCGACCUGGUGGGUGCGGCGAGCGUGUGCGUGUCGCUGGGCGCGGCGCUGGCGGGCGGGGGCGAGGGCGGGGGCGGGGCGGCGCGCGCGGGGCUGGCGGGUGCGUACGCGCUGCUGCUGCCCGCAUACCUGGCGCACGUGGCCAAGUGCCGCGCGGACCUGCACCUGCAGCUCGCCGCCCUCGAGCGUAUCCUCAGCGACACCAAGAUGCAGCAGGAGGACUAUCGGGAAGAUUGUCCGAUCCCAUCGGGCUGGCAGAGAAAUGGAAAAAUAGAAUUCGAAAAUGUAACCGUACAGCACCAUCCAGAUGCGCCACCUAUACUGAAAAAUAUAAACUUGACGGUUAAUCCCGGUGAGAAGCUGGCGAUAUGCGGCCGCAGCGGCAGCGGCAAGUCGACACUUGUGUUGACGUGUGCGGGCGCUACUCCGGUGCUGGACGGGCGCGUGCUGGUGGACGGCGCGGAGGCGGGCGCGGUGCCGCUGCGCGCGCUGCGCCACCGCGUGCUCGUGCUGCCGCAGGAGGGCGCGCUCUUCUCGGGCACGCUGCGGGAGAACCUCGACCCGCUCGCCGUACACACCGACGACGAGAUCUGGCAGUGCCUCAAGGCGGUCGGACUUUACGAAUUUGUCACGGCGCAAUCGGCCGGCUUGGAAUGUCCUGUGGGCGGGGCUCGCGGCGCCCGUUGGGCCGGCGGGCGAGGCGCGCGGGCGUGCGCGGCGCGGGCGGCGUUGCACGCGCGCUUCGCGGCUGCGCUGCUGCUGGACGAGCCGGGCGCCGCACUCGACGCGACCGCUGAGCGCGACCUGCUCGCCGCGCUCGCUGCCGCCGCACCCAACACCACGCUCAUCACAGUCGCACACCGUAUGUCGUCGGUGCGGGGCUACGACCGCGCCGCGGUGAUGGAGGAGGGGCGCAUCGUGGAGUUGGGCAGCAUGAGGAGCUUGCUGUCGCAGCCCUCCUCGCGGCUCGUGCGCAUGUUCGCCACCAACCAAACACAUUAGUCUCUCCUCUCGCCUUGUAGCGCGUCGUGAGCUAAACAUAUUUGUGCAAUAUGUACAUAUUGACGUUAACAAACAAAUUUUUGUUAGAUGUUUAAGUUAUUUAUAUUUUAUUCUUUUAACAUUAGUUUAUAAAUGAGUGAUCUGACGUCUCAUUUAUAAGAUUUACAUGAAUGAUAUUAAUAUAAAUUUUAUAACGACGCCAUUGCAAAUGCACCGAGCGCUAAGAUUUUACUUACCUUUUAUAGAAAGACUGAAAUAUUUGAGCCAUAACUACAAAUUACUUUUUAAGUAGAGGUAACUUAAAAUCACAUAUUGAAUCUUAUAACUGCUAUCGACAUAUACAAUGUAUUAAUAAUUGAAAUGUUUUUUUAAUAAAAGGAUUAAAGGAAAAACAAGAUUAUCGUUGUGUUUUAAAAUUGUAUUUCCAAUAGAACAACAAUUGCAAAUAACUAAUUUAAAGCUCGCCGUCUCCUUCGGACGCAACCAGAGUCAACGAUACAUCAUAAAAUUAUAUCACUACAUAACAAAUUACAACAAUAUUUACGUUGGCACCGAUUUACAUAGAGUUAUAUAAAAACAUUUGUUUGUCGCAACACAAAUCAUAUAAAAAUAUUUACUUACAGUAGUCGCAUUCGUAAAUACACUUAUAUAUUUAUACUAAAUUAAAUCUCGACAUCAAUAAACUCAUACUUUCCACUUAUCGACUACGUUGGUACCGUGUGGGGGCGUGGCCUGCGCGGGCGGGGGCGGGGCCUACAAUGGAGGGGGCGGAGCGCUCAGCGGACGCGGAUUCUUUGGCUGACAGAUAGCUACAUGUCAGAUUAUGAAUAUGACAUGGCCUCAACUUAACCUUGGCACAGACACUCGAACCAUAACAUUUCAUUAUACUAUUAUAUUUACAGUAAUGUAUGUACAUACGUAAAUCAAUAACUUGUAGAAUUCGACUGCCGUGAUACUUGUACUGAUAUGUAUAGCAGACUCUAUUUUGUCAAAGAUUCUCUUUAAAAAGUAUAUUAAUACAAGUUUUUCAGCAGUAAAGUUCUUCAAUAAUAUAGCAGCCGAUUAGAGUCUAAGAUGAGUUAAACUUAAGGCACGAUACGGUUAGCGAAAGCCCUCGCUUCAUCUUUACACAACUUUCAAAGUCGUAUUUCAUUUAAAAGAUGCUAAUUUUUUAUACAACAGACUAAAUGAACAAUAUAUAAUCACAGUUUUAUGUACUUUCACAGCUCAAUUUAAAGAAAUGUCCUUCAACUCCGUCUUAUUUAUAAACUUGUGCGUUUGUUUUAUACAAAGAUCGGUUGUGAACAACAAUAUAACACAAGUCAAGCCUACCCGACUUCAAGAUAACAAUUCUAAACCUGAGUGGAUUCUCUUAGUAAUUUUUUUCCUUCUAUCCAAACAGUCGCACGCAUGGUUGACAAAAAAUCAAUGCAAAAAUUAAAGAGACGAUUCCAGAUUUUUAUAUUAUGGAUAUGUUUCAUGUGAGUUUUGGACGGAUUUUGAAUUCAUUUUGUGAUUUAAGAAAUUUCACCGAUUACAUAUUUUACUUUUUAGCUGUACAAUAAUAUUCCACUAUUUUUUUUAUUUACUAUUACCAAGUUUUAAGCAAAAGUAGCAGCAUACUUUUUUUUUAAAAUUGCUGUUAACAUUAAAAAUUGUUUGAAUCAACGAAAUAUUAUAAAAAAAAACAAAGGUCAUCCUUUGUCUUGAUUACACGGAUUUCAAUAGUUUAAGGCACUUUUAUCUGAACAGCGUAGAGAAUUAUAGAAAAAAACUUGUUAACUUUCUAUUGAAUAAUAAUUAGAAUGGUAAGAAACAGUUACCAAUUUAAGUACAACAUAAAUAAAAAUCGGCGGGACAAGAUGUUGCUUAAAGAAUUGAGCGAUGACAAGUUAUGUGUACGAUAUGUUUUUUUCUAAUGACAAUUUACAUUAACAAGAACAUCGGGCCUAGCAUAAAUAUUUGUGACAAUCGCCAUCGCUAAAUUUGAAUUAAAAUAUAUGCAGCAAUAUCGAGCGUAAACUACACCAAGAAUCUUGUACUAAUUUUGACAUAAUUGACUAUGAUAAUACAAAGGCGAUUGUCACAAAUAUUUGUGCUCGAAUCCACUGAAUGAGGACUUCAGUCAUCUGGAGCCACGUGAAAAAGGCACAAAAUGACGAGACUAUAUUUCUCUACUCUGUACUACAUUCAAAUAGACCGACAUAGAUAUCAGACCCGGCGGGCAUAAGUCAAAGUAAAAUAUGACAGCUCACUACCCCGUCAUCAUCAAAAAAUUUACAAGUUUUUUGUUGUUCUGUAGUUGGUCUUCUAUUUUUUCUUUUAGCCCGUUUUCUGUGCCCUUGUAUUAUAAAAUUUCUGACAGAACUAACUCUGA